CAUGAACAAGUGCAUGGCUGAGAGAAAGCCACUCUCGCUCACUAUUGGCCAAUGUAAUGACACGUGGCUACGAUAGUAACUAAUGGAGAGGCUCAGAAACGUCAGGUGACCGCAUGUUUCAGGAAGUCAGUGAAAAUGUAUGCGUUUGAUGCAGUUUAGCGGGUUAUUGUAAAGUGUGAGGCAGUUUGUAAUUGUGCCACCUGACAUGCGUUUCCACAUGAUGAUCGUAGCCGUCUUUUGGUUUGGUUUGGUAGACUCACGGAAAAUAAGAGGAAUAUCUUCGUCCUACAAGCGGUUCUACAGGGAGAGAAAGUCCUUUCUGUGCAUCGAUGGGUCCAAGAUCAUCCCCUUUGAGCAGGUGAAUGACGACUACUGCGACUGUGACGAUGGCUCAGACGAACCAGGCACCUCCGCUUGUCCUCGGGGCCGAUUCUACUGCACCAACCUGGGUUUUCGCCCACACUACAUUCCGUCGUCACGAGUCAAUGAUGGCAUCUGUGAUUGCUGCGAUGCUUCAGAUGAAUACAACAGCCACGCUCACUGCCAGAACACUUGCUGGAAUCUGGGACAGAGAGAGCGAGCAUACGUGGAGGGCCAGAUGAGGACCUUGGACGAGGGUUUGCAGCUCAAGCAGCAACUGAUUGAGGAGGGAGUGCUGCUCUGGAGAGAGAAACAGGCGCAGCUCCGAGAGCUUCAGCAGGUAGCCGAGGACCUGCAGAUGAAAUUGGAGGAACGCCGCAGGAAGAAGCAGGAGGCCGACCGACUCAAAGAGCCGACGUCGAGGGCGCCGGAGGCCGGGGACAACGAUGGCGGCGGCGGUCUUUUUAGAGGUCAGAACAGCACAGUAACCGGCACUUUCAAGUUACUGGACAGCAAUAAAGAUGGAAGCAUAACUGUGGAUGAAGUCCAGGCUAAAGUGGCACUUGUCCACGAUGAAGAGCGCGUUCUGUCUGAGGAUGAAGCGGUGGCUCUGUUGGGAGGAGACCAUCAGACGGAUCUAACCAAGUUUCAGCACACACUCUGGGACAUUCUGACAAACGGAGACCAUGUCAAGAUCAAAGACACACACGGAGCGCCGGGCGUGGGUGAAGAUCUUCGCUUAAAGGCAGAGGACAGAGCUGCCGAGUGGGAGGCUUCCAAUCUGAAGAAAGUGGAGGAGGCCUACGAGACCGUCAACAUGGAAAUCAGUGAUCUCCGGGAAAAGCUGGCCAUUGACUACGGACCAGAUUGGGAGUUUCUGUUUUUGAACAGCCAGUGUUACAAGCUAAAAGUAUAUGAGUACACUUAUACGCUGUGCCCGUUCAAUCAAGUCACACAACAGAGCACCGCGGGAACAGAGGUCUCGUUGGGGAGGUGGGGGAUGUGGGAAGGAGCACCGGAGAACCGGUACGGCCGGAUGGUGUAUGAGAGCGGAGAGCCCUGCUGGCAAGGAGGCUCCCGCAGUACCACGGUCACGCUGACAUGCGGAACAGCGACAGCCUUGCGAUCGGUGAAGGAGCCCAGCAAAUGCCAGUACAUCAUGGACUUUCAGACUCCCGUGGCCUGUCAGCCGGUGCUGAAGCAGCGGGGCAUACACAGUGAACUGUGACCCCCCUUUCCCUUACUGGCCCGGUCUAGAUUAAUUUAGGCCCCCUUGGCUAGCCUGCGGUGACAGGCGGGGGUCCUGAGGGUCCCCUCUGACAUCUGUGUUGUCAGAACAUAUAUACUUCCAAGCAAGUCUUGCUAAGGUCAGAAUCUGAUUUUCAAUAACACUGCACCUAGACCACUUUAGUGUUUUGUUUGUAUACAGCAUUUAAUGAAGUGUUUUUUAAUCUGCACUAUAUACCUCAUAUGGGUUACCUUUCAUUGUUAUUCAAACUACUAAAACACAUGAAUGGGUUGAGAAUUUCAUUCAUUAUGGUAAACAUUAUCCAUACAUUUUGAAUCAGUCCAUAUGUAGAUAUGUCUUUAACCCACAUCUGAAAGUAGUCUUUACUUAUGUUUGAUUAGAAUGUGCCUCCCUGUUCUGUUAAGAAAUCCAACUAUAAUCUAUUUUCAAACAGUUAUAACGGAUUUUUUUAAUCUUCUUGCUUAAAGAAUAUGCUGGGGUCAGUAGGUCGAGAAGUAUUGAUGGCAAAAUGACACGCUGUUUGCUUUGGUUCUUUCACGAGUGUCUUGUUGACAAAGGAAAAAAAAUAUAAAGAGAAAACACCAUUCUCACUGUAUUAUAUAUCAGUAUGUUCACAAUAAACGCUCAAGAUGUGUACA